AUGGAAAUGACGACUCCAUUCAAAUUAUUCGAACUAAAACCGAAAGCACGCGACAGAAUUUUAUUGCUCAUGGACCCGAUUCAUUUAUUGUUCUUUCAUCAAAUCGCGAAUAAAGCUACGAAAGAAGUCAUCACUUCAUUGUGCAAAAAGAACCAAAACAUCGAAAUUUCGAUUAAUUUUGACGUUCACGGGCGACGCGAUAAGCGGGGACAACGAUUCGACAAAAAUGCAAAGUACUUGGUGUCGUUGCAAGGGAAUGGUCAUCAAGAUUUUAUUUAUUUGAUGGAGGAAAAGUUCAUCGGAGAGAAAAAUGUUGAUUUGGUGUUCGGCGAUCACAAGGUUCCGUGUAUUUUCAAAAAAUAUGUGAAACCAGAAAAGGGAGAUGUCGGCUCUUUCGAUCAGCUGUUUCAUUCAUCCGAGAUGAAAAGACCCUUUCAUAGACAAGUUAUUCUAACUUAUUGGAAUUACGAACUGUUCGAUGCAGUUUUGGAUCUCGCUGACUAUUUCUCCGAAGUGUUCGCUACGCCGAUCACCGAAUUGAUCAAUUCUCGAACAAUGUCUGUCUGGAAAUUUCGGAGAGCAAUUCAAUGGUUAAUCAGUCGACAAUCAUCGAUAAAAAGAAUUGAUUAUUUGCACAACGAAUUAUCGGAUGCAGAUAUUUCAAUGUUUUUCGGAAAUUGUAAUGUUACCGAGCGUCUCACAAUUUGCAUGAAAGACAACGACAGAAUAAGACAUCAUCGAUAUUUUGAUUUGGACACUUUGAAAAUUGGCAUGGCUUCUUGGGUUACAAUCGAUUAUUUAUUGGAUAUGGAUUGCAUAUUUUUCCGAAUUUCCGGUGCCAACAUGACAAGUUUCGACUGUAAUCGCUUCAUCAAAAGUUGGCUGAAUGGAACCAACUAUCGUCUUGAAAUUAUUUCAAUGUUUUGCGGUCAGAUAUUGGAGAGAGGCGACGUUCUGGAUGGGCUGGAAACACGUCAUCGGAGUGGUUAUCUUGUUGAAAGAUUCAAAAACCACAAAGUGGGUGGCAGUACAUUCGAAUUCUGCAUUCGCGGAGGAUUCGACGUUCAACGAGAAGAUGGAAAGCUGGCAACAGUCGAUACGAGUAUGAUGGAGAGAGGAUUGUUUCUGUUCGUUGUCUGGACCGAAGAUGAGAUUUCUGAAGGAUUCAGGCGCCAAGAAUCCGAAGGAACCGACGGUGACGUCGGUUGUACUUUGUUGUAG